AUGGCACGUGAUGAAACAGGUCUGCGGAGUUUGCGAAGACCAAAGGAACGUCAGGGCAGAACUAUCACGACGCCCUCUCUCUCGGUCCGGAGGCGCUCCGAUGGCGACCACCGCGGAGACCGGAUCUCGCGCACGAGAUCGGAGUCCAGGCAGAGGCCCAACGGCUCGAACGGCGGCUCUGGAGCCGGUGGAUGGCACAGCGAAGGGGUGCCGAUCGAGAAAGUGCGCCAGGGUGAUCGGAUGCCUGGGAUUGUCACCAACGUUGCUCCCUUUGGAGCCUUUGUAGACGUGGGUGCGGCCCGGAAUGCAAAGCUCAUCCUCGAGCCGCGACUUUGCCGUCGCUUCCAGGCUUUGCUGAAGGAUUUCCUGGGAAGCCUGAAAACCCGGGACCCUUUGACGCUGGAAGCCGCCAAGAAUGGAGCAGAAAUGGUCGCAAAGAGCAGCGUCUUUGUGGAGAACGAGAAGAAGGAACUCUUUGUCGCCUUGUAUGAGCGCAUCGCAGAACUUCGCAAUGCUGCCUUCCCUGGCGGAGUGGAGCCAGCCAAGCCUCCUUUAGAAGAAGGUCAGCAGCAUGGGCAGCAUGAUGUUCCUAUCACCCUCACUGGCGGUCAAGGCAGAGGAAGAUUGGGAGCGGGUGUCGCGCACGCCAACCAGUUGAUGAGUGGCAGCUCGAGAGAAAGUAUGUCAGAAGCCACGCGGGCUCCAAGCCAGUUGGCCCUUCCAGCACUUCCUGCACCUGAAGCUGUUCAGUGUGAACCUCAAACUCCAGCAUCCUGUCCUGCAGCUCGUCCUGAAGUGGCAGCUCCUGUGGUUGACCCCUUGCCUGAACCUCAUGAAGCAGAGCCGGCUGAGCAAAGGCUGCUUGAGCUGGCCAAGCAGAGCUGCAAGGCAAAGACCGACACUGACACUCACCCCACUGGUGCUGUUCAGAUGUCGGCUGAGAAGUUGAAGGAGAUGGCGGAAAAAAGGGACGCUGAGAAAAAGGGUAAGGGUGCCAAGCCCAACUCAAGUAAAGUUGCGAAGACUCCGAAGCAUGCCAAGCCCUACUCAAGCAAAGCUGCGAAGACUCCGAAGCAGGCAAAGAAGCACAAUGAUGUUGCGAAGCCCGGCAAGAAAAAGGUUGUGAAGGCUGUGAAGGAGCCCGUCCAUGGGCAAAAGGGCCGCAAGAGUAGGGGACGCAUUCCUACAAAGGCCAGGCGCUUGAAAAUGAUGCCGAAAGGUUGCUCCACCUGCCGCUUUGUACCCGGAUGCUGCAACAGCUGCUGGUUGAAGAAAGGGUUUCACCCAUGA